AUGGGGGCAGCACAAGAGAUUUGCCCCGAAAAUGACUAUGUCCAGGAUGAGAUUGUGAACGUGCACAAUUCCUUUCGGAGGGCCGUGUUCCCGGAUGCUACCGACAUGGUGAUGAUGGAGUAUGACGCUGAUAUAGCCCACAUAGCCCAGGCCUGGGUGGACAACUGCAUUCUGGCUCAUGGACCCCCGCUGACCCGCAUGCUGGGAGGUUAUGAACUCGGGGAGAACCUUUUCUAUAGCACCUCUCAUCCACGGUCUUGGACUGAGGUCAUCACCGCGUGGCACAACGAGGUGGACCACUACCAGUAUCCCAUUGGAUCCACAACAGGAGCAGCCAUCGGACACUACACACAGGUGGUGUGGAACACAUCCUACAAGGUUGGCUGCGGAGUAACGCUCUGCAGAGGAAACACCUUCCUAUACGGAUGCCAAUACUUCAGAGCAGGAAAUGUGAAAGGAUAUCCUCCGUAUACUGCUGGAAUCUCUUGUGCUGCUUGUCGCAGUGCACCUUUGGACCGACUCUGCAGUCCAACAGACGUCUGUCCAGAAGUCAACCACUUCAUCAACUGUCCUGCCUGGAAGAAUUUAUUUGGGUGCGACAAGGAAUGGGUCCAGCGCUACUGUCCUGCAUCAUGCCAUUGUCCCAACAAGAUCAUCUCGAUUUUGUGAAGAAAACACUGCCAAGAGUUUCCUCUCCAAAGCUUCUCUAUUGCUGGUUCCUCAAGGCCAUUUCCUAUCCCUCCAUACCUGUGUAAAGACACCCUUAUCGUUCGAGAGGGCCUUCAUACGCGCCAAGCCAAGAGGUCGUUUCUGUCACUCGGUGGGUUGACAUACACACAUCUCGAAAAUAAAAGCAAUU